AUGGCCGAGGUGCGGGUGCGGGUGGCGGUCCGCAUCCGCCCCCUGCUGGCCAGGGAGGUGCUGCACCGACACCAGGUGUGUGUGCGGGUGGUGCCGGGCUCCGCGCAGGUGCUGUUCGGCUCCGACCGCCUCUUCUCAUUCGACCACGCGUUUGGACCCAGCAGCGACCAGGAUGAGGUGUACGAGGUCUCCGUCCGGCCCCUGGUCCAGUACCUGGUCCACGGGUGCAAUGCAACCGUGUUCUGUUACGGACAGACAGGCUCCGGCAAGACGUACACGCUCGGAGGGGGAAACCAAGAUGAAGAGGGGGGAAUUAUUGACCGUGUUGGACAGGAUGUGUUCGUGCUGUUGGCGGAGAGGAGUAAGAACAAUGAUGGUGUGGAGGCCAAAGUGAGGGUCUCCUAUAUUGAGCUGUACAAAGAGGAGCUAAGAGACCUGUUGGAGCUGAACACCAAUCCCAAAGAGCUUCAUAUCAGAGAUGAUGAAAGAGGAAACACAGUUGUGGUGGGAGCCAAAGAAAUAGUUGUUACAUCAGGAGAGGAGCUGCUAAGUCUUAUAGAGAUGGGAAAUGCUCUGCGCCACACUAAUGCUACAGAGAUGAACGAACACUCAAGUCGUUCUCACACCAUCCUCACCCUUCAGGUCAACAUCUGUUGCCAGAGCAACGACUCCUUAAAGCCUGCCCAAUCUUCCAAACUCUGUCUGGUCGACCUAGCUGGUUCAGAGCAUGCUCGAAAAACUGGAAACACCGGUACACGACUUAAAGAGUCUGCUCAUAUCAACACGGGCCUGCUUGCACUCGGUAAAGUUAUUCGUGCCCUCUCAGACCCUGCUCGAAUCCGGCGUGGUAAAAACCUCGGCAGUACGCAUAUACCAUACCGUGAUGCCAAGAUCACCCGUCUUCUUCGUGACUCACUGGGGGGAGCCGCCCAUACCCUGAUGGUGGCGUGUGUAAGCCCCUCCCACCACUUUGAUGCUGAGACUCUGAACGUCCUCCAGUUUGCUUCUAAGGCUUGUCACAUCCGCAACUGUCCAGGAGCAAUCAACCCUCACACAGAAGUUAAAGGCUUCCCUACAACCUGGCACCCCAAUGAGGCUCGAAUAAGGGAGCUGGAGUAUGAGGCAGAGACAUUGAGAGAGCUCCUCAAAGACAAAGAGAAGGACACAGAGAUGGAAAUGGAGAAGACGGGAGCUAGAGUUGGAGAGGAAUCUCGCUUAAAACAGUCCAGUGAGAUUCAGAUAUCUAAACCGGCUAAGAAAGUGAACCAAGGGGAAAUGUGGCAGUACUGCCUCUUGGCAAAGGAAGCUGCAGGUCUGCUUUCAGAUAUCUCUGGCCUGUUACCAAAUCUUUUAUUUAGGCAGCAAGUGAAAGAUUGGCAUGAGAGACUGACAGCUGUCUGUCUGUCAAGUGAGACUGAUAAGACAGACUUUGCAGAGGGGCAAAGAGACCGACCUCCCCAUGCAAACAUUUCAAAAUUCAGCAAAGUUCACAAAUGCCAGAAAGAUGCAGAAUUGAAAAGGCUACAAGAUGAAGUCAAGAAACUUCUUCAAGAGAGAAGCAUCCACCUUAAAGAUUUUGAGGAAGCAAAGGAGCGAAGUCGAAUACAGGCAGAACAACUAGUGGAUCAGCAGAUUCUGAUUGAUCGCCUUCGCAGCAAGCUCUUGACCUUUCAUGGGGCAAACUCAGGACCAAGUGUGGAUGUUGAGGCUUCUGGAUUCAAGGGGAAACGACCCCACAGUGUUCCUCUGACGGGCUACAGCUGUGUACGCCGGCCUGCCAGGAAGAUUCACUCCAGUCCACCAGCGUACUCACUGGAGAGAGUGAUGGCUGCUUUCAAAAUGCGUGGUCGCCUCCUGCUGGCUGAGAUCGAAGAAAAAGACUGCCCAUUCAUUAAACAACAGGCCGAGUGCAAAGACACGAGUCAAGAAGAGGAAGAAGAGGAAGAGAAUGAAAGUUUUAAUGAAAGAAAGGGAUUUAGGCGUUCCUUGAAUCGAACAUGGACCAGCCAGCGUAAGAAAAGCACAGGAUUAGAUCACACGCUUGUUGGAAACCCGGAAGGACAGCUGACUCAGUGGACCACAGAUGCUAAAGGAAACCAACUCAAGAAAAGCCAUAUGAAUAAGGCAAGAAGAGCUGCUGAGAGAAAGAUCCAUGAUCUGUCCGUCAACAUGCAGAUGAAAGAAGAGCUCAUUAAAGAACUUGACAGAACUGAAACUGAAACUCAAGCAUUGGACAGGGGCAGUAAGCGCAGUGGCAAUGGCAGAGAAGUGGACGUGUUGGCGAGACUUUCCGUGCAGAGCCAGCAGGUGCGAGCAGAGGCGUACCGUAGUCUGCAGCACAUGAGACUGCAGAGAGCACAGCUUCUGAGCAGCCUGGACCAGCCGAGAAACACUGGUGAUGACAACAUAGAGCACGGCCAAAACGUGGAACAAAGUUCUGAAGGCUCAAUUGGGUGUAAAGAAGAAAAGUCAAACAGAAUGCUGCGUGACACCAGUUGGAUGGAGGAAGAGGAGGAGCAGGUUCUUCAGAAAAGAGCAGAGCUGCAGGAGCUGGAAGAGGAGCUAAAGAGAAGAGAAGAUGUGCUUCUGCGCAGGGAGGCCUGUCUGCAACAGAAAAACAAACUAGAGAACAAGAUGCUACGCUCCAGUCAGGCUUUGAAUCAAGAUCUGCUACGUGUGUCGACGCAGUUAAAGUCUGUGGAAGAACAGCUCCAGAGCAGCAGCAGCAGCAGCAGCAGCAAUCUGAGCCAGACUAGAAGCAUUACCAUAGAGGAGCUAGAUAAAGAGAGAGGCAUGCUUAAGAAGAGAAGAGACACUCUAGAUGCCCAGCUGAGAGACAACAGAGUGCUCACUGUGGAGGAGGAGCAUUCCCUUCUCCAGCUUGAGGAAGCGAUUGAAGCGCUGGAUGCAGCGCUGGAGUUUAAAAACCACUCUAUCAAGAACAAACAGCAGCAAUUAUCAGUCAACAACUCAUUGUUGCACCAGUCGCAAAGCACCGAGCCAGCCCAGCUCUGUGAUGUCACCAGGAAGCUGAAGGACCUCUCACCACCUGAGGCUUUUAAACUGCUCCUCAAAUAUUUCAACAAGGUUGUUUGUCUCCGAGAGGCAGAGCGUCUUUUACGUUUGCGCUGUGAGGAACUGGAAUUACAUGCUGGGGAGCAAGAGGCAGUGCUAAGGAAGAUGGAAGCUGCUAUGCAGAGUCUGGCACUGGAUACAGACCGUAGGCUCACCCAGCAACACAAAGAUCACCAGAACAACAUUCAGCUCCUUCUACAGAAACUUAAAGAAGGAAAUUCUGGAGCGGCAGAACAAGCAAUACAAGAUAGACUGCAGCAUCUGGAAAAAGAGCUGUUUUUCUAUAAAACAUCCACCCGGCAACUCAAAAAGAAAAUCAAAGAGCUUCUCAGUGAUGCCAUGCACCCCGACAAUGAGCCAUCAUGCAAACAAAAGAACAGACAAAUGCACAAUACCCAGACACAAGCAAAUGCAAAUAAACCCCAAACUCAUUCAAAGGAUGUACAGAUGGGGACACAAAUGACCACCACAUACACAAAAAUAUAUGCCGAGAGAGACACAAAGACAAACAGAGACUUCUCCCCAAGCAGACAGACCCACCAAAUGCAGUAUCCACCUUCUGCUUCCCAAGCGCUCAAAAAGACAACACUCUCUGAACACAAUCAGAUACUCACUCAUUUUCAAGGGAAGAGUGUAAAAGGUCAAUCAGAAGAAAGUUCAGAAGUCUAUAUGUGUCACAGAGAGCUCAGAAAGAUUCCUCCAGCUGACCUGCAUGUCUCUGUUUCUGCCACAUGGGGACAACGGACUGUUGUUGAUAUCAGCACAGAGUCGGUGUUGGAAGACUCUAUAGAAGUGCUCAGAAAAACUGACGGGUAAUAUUGCAUUAUUUGCAGACCUAUUUGCUACUGUUACUCAGAUGUAGUACAUACUUUUCCAUUGGUAGCGUGUCAACAAGAGAUUACAGCUGGAUGGUCAGUAAACAAAAGACAUUGUGUGUUAUGAAUGCUUUAUAACUGUGAAAAUGCUCAUCUAGUGCUUGUUAGAAGAUACCAACAUUGUUAAAAUACUUUGUGUGGCUUUCAGGACAUAAGAGUGCCUGUUAAAUUAUCUAAUGUAAUGUUACAAUAUGAACAGAUGAGUAAAAUCUCUUAAACAAGGGACCCAAUCCAUACUAAAUCUUCUGGUUUAUACAUUCAUCAUUAGAAAUUACAUUAAGGGAAACCACCAUUUUCAACAGAAAUGACCUGAAAAAAACCAUUACAUGGAGGAACUUUCAGUAACUUGCAUGGGUUUUUGUAUUUAAUUUUAUAGUAGAAAUUAGUUAACUUAUCAUUUUUGAAAUGAUAGCACUUAG